CGGAGUCCGGCUGCUGCUCCGGAGCAGCGUGUGGCUGCGAAGGACAGCAGAGUCUAACGGAGCCAUGCCCACGAACUUUACGGUGGUGCCGGUGGAGGCGCGCGCCGACGGCGCCGGGGACGAAGCUGCUGAGCGCACGGAGGAACCCGAGUCCCCCGAGAGCGCGGAUCCUGCCUCCCCUACGCCGGGAGAUGGAAACCCCAGAGAGAAUAGCCCAUUCAUCAAUAAUGUGGAGGUGGAAAGAGAAAGCUACUUCGAGGGGAAGAACAUGGCACUUUUUGAGGAAGAGAUGGACAGCAACCCCAUGGUGUCAUCACUCCUGAACAAGCUAGCCAACUAUACCAACCUGAGCCAGGGUGUGGUGGAGCAUGAGGAGGAUGAGGACAGCCGGAGGCGGGAGAUCAAGGCCCCACGCAUGGGCACCUUCAUCGGAGUCUACCUGCCGUGCCUGCAGAACAUCUUGGGUGUUAUCCUUUUCCUGCGCCUGACCUGGAUUGUGGGGGCAGCUGGCGUUCUGGAGUCCUUCCUCAUCGUGUCCAUGUGCUGCACCUGUACAAUGCUGACAGCCAUCUCCAUGAGUGCCAUCGCUACCAACGGUGUGGUCCCAGCGGGAGGCUCAUACUACAUGAUCUCCCGUUCACUGGGGCCUGAGUUUGGAGGGGCUGUUGGCCUCUGCUUCUACUUGGGUACGACAUUUGCUGGCGCCAUGUACAUCCUGGGUACCAUUGAGAUCUUCCUGACCUACAUCUCUCCAAGUGCGGCCAUCUUCCAGGCAGAGACGGCAGAUGGUGAGGCGGCGGCACUGCUGAACAACAUGCGUGUGUAUGGCAGCUGUGCGCUGGCACUCAUGGCGGUGGUGGUCUUUGUUGGUGUCAAAUAUGUCAACAAGCUGGCACUGGUCUUCUUAGCCUGUGUUGUUCUUUCUAUCCUGGCCAUCUAUGCUGGUGUCAUCAAGACAGCGUUUGCCCCACCUGACAUCCCGGUCUGCCUUCUAGGGAACCGCACUCUGGCAAAUCGCAACUUUGAUACCUGUGCCAAAAUGCAGGUUGUCAGCAAUGGCACAGUAACCACUGCACUUUGGCGCCUCUUCUGCAAUGGCUCCAGCCUGGGUGCUACCUGUGAUGAGUACUUUGCACAGAACAACGUCACUGAGAUCCAGGGCAUCCCUGGUGUGGCCAGUGGUGUCUUCCUAGAUAACCUGUGGAGCACAUACUCGGACAAGGGGGCAUUUGUGGAAAAGAAGGGCGUGUCCUCAGUGCCGGUGUCUGAGGAGAGCCGUCCUGGUGGAUUGCCAUAUGUCCUCACAGACAUCAUGACCUACUUCACCAUGCUAGUUGGCAUCUACUUCCCCUCCGUAACUGGGAUCAUGGCAGGAUCCAACCGCUCUGGGGACCUCAAAGAUGCCCAGAAGUCCAUCCCAACAGGGACCAUUCUGGCCAUUGUGACCACAUCUUUCAUUUAUCUUUCCUGCAUAGUGCUGUUUGGGGCCUGCAUCGAAGGUGUGGUCCUGCGAGAUAAGUUUGGGGAGGCCCUGCAAGGGAACCUGGUCAUUGGCAUGCUGGCCUGGCCAUCUCCCUGGGUCAUCGUGAUUGGCUCCUUCUUCUCCACCUGUGGUGCUGGUCUACAGAGCCUGACAGGGGCACCCCGCCUGCUGCAGGCCAUUGCGCGUGAUGGCAUCAUCCCCUUCCUACAGGUGUUUGGCCAUGGAAAGGCCAACGGGGAGCCCACAUGGGCCCUGCUGCUCACGGCCCUCAUCUGUGAGACUGGUAUCCUCAUCGCCUCCCUGGACAGUGUGGCCCCCAUCCUGUCCAUGUUCUUCCUCAUGUGCUACAUGUUCGUCAAUCUGGCCUGUGCUGUACAGACCCUGCUGCGCACACCCAACUGGCGUCCACGCUUCAAGUUCUAUCAUUGGACGCUCUCCUUCCUUGGGAUGAGUCUCUGCCUCGCACUGAUGUUCAUCUGCUCCUGGUACUAUGCCCUCUUCGCCAUGCUCAUCGCCGGCUGCAUCUACAAGUACAUCGAGUACCGUGGGGCUGAGAAGGAGUGGGGGGAUGGCAUCAGGGGCCUGUCACUGAACGCUGCCCGCUAUGCCUUGCUGCGUGUGGAACAUGGGCCCCCACAUACCAAGAACUGGAGGCCACAGGUGUUGGUGAUGCUGAACCUGGACUCUGAGCAGUGUGUAAAGCACCCCCGCCUGCUGUCCUUUACCUCUCAGCUGAAAGCUGGCAAGGGCCUGACCAUCGUGGGAUCUGUGCUGGAGGGCACCUACUUAGACAAGCAUGUGGAGGCCCAGCGGGCUGAAGAGAAUAUCCGGUCUCUGAUGAGUGCAGAGAAGACGAAAGGCUUCUGCCAACUGGUGGUGUCCUCCAACCUGCGAGAUGGUGCAUCCCACCUGAUCCAGUCAGCUGGCCUUGGUGGCAUGAAACACAACACUGUCCUCAUGGCCUGGCCAGAAGCUUGGAAGCAGUCAGAUAACCCUUUCUCCUGGAAGAACUUUGUGGACACUGUCCGUGACACGACAGCAGCACAUCAGGCAUUGUUGGUGGCCAAGAACAUCGACUUGUUCCCACAGAACCAAGAGCGCUUCAGCGAUGGGAACAUUGACGUGUGGUGGAUCGUGCACGAUGGGGGCAUGCUCAUGCUUCUGCCCUUCCUGCUGCGCCAACACAAGGUGUGGAGAAAGUGCCGGAUGCGCAUCUUCACUGUAGCCCAGGUGGAUGAUAACAGCAUCCAGAUGAAGAAGGACCUGCAGAUGUUCCUGUACCACCUCAGGAUCAGUGCCGAGGUGGAGGUGGUGGAGAUGGUUGAAAAUGACAUUUCCGCAUUCACCUAUGAGAAGACGCUAAUGAUGGAGCAGAGGUCACAGAUGCUGAAACAGAUGCAAUUGUCAAAGAAUGAGCGGGAGAGAGAGGCCCAGCUGAUUCAUGACAGGAACACUGCAUCCCAUACCACAGCAACCGCUAGAACCCCAGCCCCACUAACACCAGACAAAGUCCAGAUGACGUGGACAAAAGAGAAACUCAUUGCAGAGAAACACAGGACCAAGGACACCGGCACGUCAGGCUUCAAAGACCUCUUCAGCCUAAAGCCGGACCAGUCCAACGUCAGGAGGAUGCAUACAGCUGUGAAGCUCAAUGGUGUAGUUCUCAACAAGUCCCAAGAUGCCCAACUGGUCCUACUGAAUAUGCCAGGCCCCCCAAAAAAUCGCCAGGGGGACGAGAACUACAUGGAGUUUCUUGAGGUCUUGACCGAAGGGCUGAACAGGGUCCUCCUGGUCAGGGGUGGCGGCCGGGAAGUCAUCACCAUCUACUCCUAACAACUGCAACCUGGACACACCUGGAUGGGGUCAGGACUGUGCAAGCUGCCUGUGGCCACGCUGGGGUUCACCAGCAUGCCACUGACUGAUGGCCACUGCCCUGGCACUUGUUGCCUGGCCUACCAAGACGUUGCAGUGAUUCUGGUCACCCUGACACACAUGGCUUCCCACAGACAUUGACACCCACUAGGCUUUCUCCGAGCAGAAGAUGCUACAUGGGGGGAGUAUCUACAGCUGUUCUGACAGGAAUGGCUCCUUGAUGUUGUUGUGGGCCAUGGUAGGUAUACCCAGGUGAUCUGGGGCAGCUCUUCCUACUACUGGCAGGGCCUCACCUCCAGACAUUAGGAUCACCUUCCUACAGAUGACUGUCCAGCAUUUUGUGGCAGUUACAUUUUACUUCUACUGUGUACAGAGAAAAGUACAGAGGCGCCUCUGUACUCUUCACGAACCUGACAGAUGAACCAGAACACGUGAACAAGCACAGUUACUUGGGGCUGGAAUGUCACUGAGCUGUUCCCCGUUGGCUUCUUUGUCCCUUUGAGUAUCCUUGCUGUGCUUUCUGUAUAGUAAGCACACCGAGGACUGUCCAUCCUCACCUCCUCACCCCCUCCCCACACUCCUCAGACUUGGCUCAGGGUACCACUGGAAAGUGAGAUCAUGUUUACAGGGUAGGAGUGGGUCAUUAUUUGCGCUGGUGGUACCUGCCAGCUGUGUUCCCAUUUGAGUUGAUGCCCUAGGAGCUCCUGCAGAGAGAACCUUUGCUCUGCAGGACUAUCUGCAGCUAGCCUGAUUUCUCUUCUCAUGGGAACUCAGCCACUUUUAUUUCAUAAGCACUGAGCUGGGAACCUCAAGCAGGUGACUACAGAGAGCCACAGUGUAACAAACAAACGGCAGGAACACUGAGAAUUCUGCACAUAGCCCAUGACAGCAGGCACCUUCUGGAGUGCGAACCAUGAUGGGUCUCAGCUUUGCACAUGACAUGCCGUCCCUUCCCUCACCCUCCUGGAGAGAAAAACCAGGCCCAGCCCAACACUCUCAGCAUCAGCAGCCACAGCCCUGGGUCUUUCUGGCUGAGUCUUGUCUCCUGCCAUAGAGCCUUACUCAGCUGGGCCCAUAGGCACCUCUGCACUUUUCAAGAACCUGACAAAUGAUUUGCACUUUACCCUUGGACAUUCUGCUCUGUAGGUCAUGGUUUGUUCACAGACUGCAGGUGACAGCAGUGAUGCGUUCCUCACAUUCUAUAUUGCAUAUUUAUUUAUUUAACCCUCCCUGGGGAAGCUUGAGAGAGAUACCCUCUGUGUGGAUGGCCCGUGGUGCCAGCCUGUGGGCUUCUCUGGCUUUCUCCGAGAGAAACAGCUCCGUCCACAUUCACGAUGUUCCAGUUAGGGUAGAGGCCAAGUUUGCACCUGCACAAGUUCCUCAGACUUUGUUAAGCAGCCAGAGGUAAGCUUGCCAGAGUAGCUGCUGUCCAGUAUGUGUUUCCGUUAGCAUUGUGAUUUCCACACCUGCUUUUGACUCAGCUCUGAACUUGGCUCAGGCUCCUCAGCCCUCAGUGUCUAGAGCAGAGCAGAUGGGGCGUCUCUCCCAGCUGUUAGGAAUGCCCUGGGCAGCUGGCCUUUCUGGGUCACUGCUUACAAGAGCUGCCUGUCAAGAGUCUCUGGGCUCCCUUUCUGUUGCAAACUCCGUGUUCCUGGUAACUGUGGCGGUUCAGAUCAGUUUCAUGUUUUUCCUUUUUUAUAGGCUUUUGUCUUUGUAUGACUUUGUUAGUAGAAGAGUAAAAUUCUAUGAAAUAUAAAUGUUUAAGGAA